AUGCACAAUGAUUGCCUAUCCAUAAGGAGUAUCACACCUCGGUACAUUCUAGUCGCUCGCCAGCAAGGGUAUCUGCGCAUAUUGUUCAAUUGGUUUAUCCUGGUCAGCUGGCCAUUAAGUGAAUUCACAUCCUGCGUCACAGAGCAAAUCUUGCCAAUUGAAUGUUAUAUAACAAUCGCUAAAGAGAAUCGAGGUCAAAUAAGUGGCUUCAAUUUAUUGCAAACGCGACUCGGUGGGAACCAAGGAGGCGUGCGCCGCGCUGCAACUGCUUGCUCUCUCAGCGGAGGCCGAGUGCGGCGACAAACACAAUGUAAGACAGGACAAUGGUGCAAAUUUGGUGGCAUCGUUCCUUCCGGCAAUGCGCACAAGGUCUGGGUUGAUCGGGUCGAUGUCCUGCGCCCCGCGCCGUGGCCGCCACCCCCCGCCCCGCCAGCUGUCUCCGCCCGGUUAUAUUUAGACCGGAUGGCGGAGUUCUCACUGAAACAGAUUCUCCCCUCUGUUUGCAUAACGCACCAAAUCGUGUGA